AUACGUUCAAUAUAAUACAAGUCAUCCAAAAUGAAGAACUAUCUUAUAAUUGUAUUUCUCUAUUAUCUCUUCCUAAUUAUGAGCCUUGGUGACUUUGUUUCAUGUACUGAAGAAACAAAGGUAUAUAUAGUGUACCUUGGAGAGCAUAAUGGAGACAAGACUUGGAAAGAAAUAGAAGAUCACCACUGUUCAUUUCUUCAGGGUACUACUUCUAAAGAAGGUGUUAGAACAUCACUUGUUCAAAGCUGUAAGAACGUCAUCAAUGGCUUCUCCGCUUUGUUAACACCACAAGAAGCUGAUAUGAUAUCAGGGAUGGAAGGGGUAAUAUCAGUAUUUCACAGUGAUCCUGAUACUACAAGAUCAUGGGACUUUGUGAGCUUACUGGAAGGAACUUCACUGGUAAAUUAUGGAGAAGAAUUGUCAAAAAAUGGCAAUUAUGGAGAGGAUAUCAUUGUUGGGGUUAUAGACACUGGGGUGUGGCCAGAAUCUUCAAGUUUCAAUGAUAAAGGAAUGGGACCAGUUCCAAAGUCAUGGAAUGGAACUUGCCAAGAAGGUAUCGCCUUCAACGCCCCUCCUUGCAACAGGAAAUUAAUUGGAGCACAAUACUAUUUAAAAGGUUACGAAGCACACUAUGGUCCUCUUAACGAGACAAGGGACUUUCGAUCACCUAGAAAUGUAGACGGUCAUGGUACUCACUUAGCAGUUGUAAAUGCAUCAGCUAUUGGUGGAUUUGCAAAGGGUACAGCCACUGGAGGUGCACCAAAUGUUCGUCUCGCCAUCAAUAAAGUAUGUUGGCCAGUUCCAACUAAAACCUUAGCUCAGGGAAAUACAUGCCUUCCAGAUGACACUCUUGCUGCUUUUGAUGAAGAUGCCAUAGCUAAUGGAGUUCAUGUACUUAGUAUUUCUCUAGGAUCUCGACCUAUAAAAACAUAUUACAGACAGAAUUCUAUUGCAAUUGGAUCUUUGAAUGUUGUGAAGAGAAAUAUUGUCACUGUUCUUACACUUUUAAUCCAUCUCCUUUAAAAUAUAUAAACAAUAAUCAGUGUUAAUAAUAGUCAAUAGUGGGAAGUA